CUUUCGCGAACAACAUCCCGACUGCCAAGGGUGAGACAAUUUGCAUUGGAAUCUCAUCUCUCACGCGUUAGCUACAACUAUCCACGUAGACUUAUUAGGCGGUUCUGAAUCCAGAAGAACCAGGUAUGCUCGCACUCAAUCGAUUGCGUCUUGUUGUUGGCAGAGCUGCCAACCCCGCGCCUUCCAGUGUCCCCUUGUCGCGGCUAGGCACUUACGCCCGCCGAUUAUCUAGCGUCCGUGAACUCGUCCAGCCAAACACCAGCUCCGCUAGGUCAUACCAGAACCUAUCCCGGACUAAACCAGUUGCACCACCAGUCGCCAAGAUGUCGACGAUGCCCGCGAGCCACGGCCACAAUGAGGCCUGCUGCAACAUCCCGCCGGUAGUUUCGACGGGAUACAGUGCCAAAGGCUCCUACGACGAGGUGAACGGCAUGAAGACAUACGUGACCGGCCCCGCUGAUGCCACGAAAGGAAUUGUCAUGAUCUACGACAUCUUCGGGUACUUCGACCAAACUGUACAGGGUGCCGACAUCCUCGCAACCAGCAGUGACCAGAAGUACAAGGUCUUCAUCCCGGACUGGUUCAAGGGCGAGCCGUGCCCCAUUGAGUGGUACCCUCCCAACACCCCUGAGAAGCAAGAGAAACUAGGCGCCUUCUUCGGCAAGAACCCGCCCCCCGGCGUCGCCCAGCAGCUGCCCGACGUUGUUAAGGCGCUGCAGGCGAAGAACCCCUCGAUCAAGUCCUGGGGCAUUAUCGGCGUAAGCACCCCCCGAGCGCUCUGCUUUCCAUGCCAUCCAGCCUUCCCUAGUAUUCCGCACUAACACCAAGCCUAACAUUGAAAUCAGUUCUGCUGGGGC